CCUUGCAUACAUAAUAAAUGACACGCAUCCCAUUACACACAUACGUAUACUCGAGCGCGCGCGAAUGACGGUGACAAGUGCCGCGUGUUUUUUUUCCUCACGUUCAUCGACGUGCGUGCGCGACCAGGUGAUUCCGCAAGAAAAUAUUCCUUCUCUCUCGCUCUCUCUCCCUCUCUCCUUCCCUCUUAGACCGCGUCCCUCUCACGCGUCCCUUUCUCUCCCACUCUUCCCCUCUCGCUCGGUUGAGAAACUCACACCCUUUCUGGUAUAUAACCUCAAACCGUCGGCCAGCUCGUGUCGCGUCGCUCGACGAGUGUGUUUUCCGCGGCUAAACCGGGGUUCCGAAUGUGCGUGGCGCGGUUUCUGCAGUCGCAGCGGCUGUUAGCGAGCUCCGCGAGUUUCUCACCACAUGCGAUUUCAAGAAUCCGACGUGUAUGAUGAAAGGGGCUUAUUAGUAUGCUGGAUAAGCGACGGCUCCAUGCCUCCGGUACGUCGCCAUGCACCCUCAUCUUCGUGGUCGUUCUGGCACUAACUGGAUGCUUCUCGUUCUGGAUUCACAUCGAUGGUUCAGGAUCACCGAUCCCUUACUCCAGCGGCGGUGCGGCCGCGCCAGGAUAUAUCCUUAUAUUUCCCGGAAACGUUACGCCCUCCGCGCAGCCCUAUUCGAUAAACGAACUUCCGUCCGAUGAUAAAUCCACGCUGAUCAACAUCACGGACUUCAGAUUCAUCAUGAACCAUAAUCCCUGCAAUCGCACGCAACCGUUGCUACUAAUGUUAGUUCACUCGGCGCCGGGAAAUUUUCCGAAGAGGCAUGUCGUGCGGGAAACCUGGGGCCAACAAGCGCCGGACGUGACUUUAUUGUUUCUCGUGGGAUAUUCGGAAGAGUAUCAAUCUAGACUCGAAGAGGAGAACAAGAAAUAUCAAGACUUAAUACAGGGAAACUUUCUUGAUGCCUAUAGAAACAUGACCUACAAGCACGUUAUGGGAUUAAAGUGGGCUACCUAUUUCUGUCCAAGUGCCAAAUAUAUUCUUAAAUUAGAUGAUGACGUUUUUGUUCAUUUACCGGCCAUGCUGGACUUUCUAACGCGUGGCCUCUCGCCGUGGGGUGCAAGACGUCUGAUUCUCUGUGAUCUUCUGUCGGCUUCCACAGUGAAGAGAUCCUGGCGCUCAAAGUGGCGCGUCUCUCCUCAGGAGUAUCCCGGUAGACUUUAUCCCGCGUAUUGUGCCGGAUGGGCGAUCUUAUACUCCCCCGAUAGUGUAUUUAUACUGUACCGCGAAGCCCAGAAGGAACCGUACUUCUGGAUCGAUGACGUGCACAUUACCGGGACACUGGCUAGGAAAGUAAAUUUAACGCAAACCUCAUUACACUCUUGGGUGCUUACGACCGAGAGUAUGCGGGACCUGUUGUCGAACCCGAGUACUCGACGAGAUUUUCUGUUUGGGCCUCCGGAUUUAACGGAGAGCGGGAUACGAGCCUUACAUAGUCUGGUUACUAAACCACGGCCUAGUAGUGAAAGCCUAUUGAAUUAAACAUGUCUAAUAGAACAAUUUUGGUUAUAUUUCGAGCGCGGUGUAACGCGAGAAAGAGAGGAGGGAGAAGAAACACGAACAGUGAAUGUUCUUAUACUUUCGUAUCUUAAUUCUAUAUACAUGCGUAUAUCUGUACAAUAGUCCAAUCUAAGUGUUCGAUUAUUUGCACAAACGCCAUAUUAUGUAUAAUGCAUAUGUAAUAGUGCAUUAUAUGUGCAUAUAUGUGCAUAUGUGUGUAACAUAUUGUUACAUGGUGUAUAAUAUUAUACAUAUGAUGUGUAACAAAAUAUUACGGAACAUACAAAUGUCUUAUUUAAACAAGGAUUGAAACCGGUAUAAUUUCAUUAAAUUCAGUUUCUCGCACUAAAUGCAAUGUCACCUAAUCAAUUGUCACAUUUCCAGUGUCACGAAUAACAUAGGGAUCAAACUUUGCUGAUUUGUGAAGAAUUGAAGUUCAAACUCAGUUGGAUAAAGUACUGAUUUCAAUCCCUCAUUACUCAAUACUCAAAUAUUUACACAAUAGAACAAUUUAGAACAAUAUUCCGAAGUGAAAAGAAAAUUAUUAAUCAAAUAUCUUAUUUUUAAAGUUUAAGAAAAAAAAACUUAUUUUUUUUUCCUUUUCUAGACUGCCAAUUUGUAAUCAGGGCUUGUACUUGUUUCACGUUAAAAUAAUUAUCUAAAAGGAUAUUACGCUCUUAAUUAUAUAAAUUCAGAUUUUUUAAUUUCUGAAUUAUUCAAGUCAUCAUCGUCAUACAAGACAGAUAUCAGUAUUUAAUAAUUUGCAGCACAAUUGAUACCUGAUUUUUUAUAUAUAUAGUUGUACGAAUUCAACCAUUAUAUAGGACACACGCACACACGACAUAUGCACGCACAUACAUUUAUAGAUCUCUAUGGUAAAUGUAAAGAGAGAGAAUUGACAAGAAUGUUCCUAUUUAUUCAAAAUAAAUUGAUGACAUUUUUUUUGCAAAAUCUCUAACGCAAAAUAGAAAAUUCUUCGAUUAUAUUGUAUAUUGAAAUGAGAAUCAAUUAAUUUUUGAUAAACCGUUAUGAGCCCUGAUUAUUGCAUAUAUUGAAUUAAGUUAUAUUACAUUAAGUUAAUCUAAUAUGAGAGAUCACAAAAAUAUUCUAAUUUAAAAAAAUAAAACAGCACAUAUUUUUUUAUUUAUAUUUAUAAAAAUGCCAACACACAAUGCCCUCAUGCCAACAUAUGGGGAGAGUAAUAUUAGUAUAUUUAAAGAAUUUUCUCGUGAUGGAAGACAUUCUCCUCUCGCAGUGAUAAAAAUUUGCGAGAUAUGAGUGUGUUAUACUUUAUUGUAAAUUUAUUAAUCGGCGACAAGAAAUGAGAGAGUUCGUACAUGGAGCCACACUUGUGAAUGUACUUAAAUGUAAUGUAAUUAACGAACAAAUUUAAGACAUUGUUAUGCAAUUAAUGAAUCGAAUUAAUAUUGUUAUGUAGCAACAAGUACAACCCCAAAACAAGGGUCCACUCACAAUUAGAUACAGAGAUUGCAGAUAUUUGUCUGUUUUUAAAUGUCUGUAAAUUUUUUAUGUGAAUCCGUUUUUUUUUCUUGUUUUCUUUUGAUCAUCCACGAUUAUAUUCGGUACUAUAAAAAGUACGUGCCUGUAAAUUAUAACGUGUCAAGAAAUGUAAAUUGUCUGUUUAGCUUUUAGUUAUGUUUAGUGAUUUCUGUAGGAUAUCGAUGAUCGAUGUGACAACUCUGAUAUUACUUCACACUUUGUAUUGUCUCUCUUUCAAUCUGAAAAUACAACGAAUAUGUCUACAGAAUAAAAUAUACAGAAUUCCACUCGUUAGCACAUCAGCAUUCUCAGACCCGAAUUUUUUCUUGUGAUAUAAUGGAGAUGACUCGGGCCCUACUGUCAACUCAAGUAUUUGCAAAUUCCGAAACUAGACAGCAUAUUCGUAUCUCACACUAUAGGAUUACAUUAAUUAUUUAAGGAUUUCAUGCAUUAUAUUCCUCUCGACAUGGAUAUUCUCCGACGUUUUUACUGAUGUAUCGAGUUUUUUCUCAUAUAUCAUUUUAUUUAUAUAUAUUAUUUUCGGAAAGGGUAAUUAUCUCUCUAUCGCGAUAAUGUGAAGUCGCAUAGUAUAAUUCUUGUGAUGGAAUAAUUUCAAUAAAUAAUGGAUUAUUUAAAA